AGGGACUGUGUUCAUGUCUAAAACAACCUCUGUGAAAUAGUCUCAUGUGUUCUGUGUUUCCUGCAGGAACUUCCUCCACAGACACCGUGUGCUCGACCUGCUCUGAUGGAACAUUUUCAGACGGGACGUUUACAUCCUGUCAGAAUCACAAACAAUGUGAAUCAGAGGGUCUGCUGCUGAGAGCAGGAACUGAGACAGAGGACGCUCAGUGUGGAGGAGAAGUGUCAGACAGGAAUGCACUGAUUAUCUGUGGUGUUGCGUUUUCUUUAGCCAUCGUGUGUUAUCUCGUUUGGAACAUGAUCCAACAAAAAAAAAGCAGAAAAAGAAGACAUUCAGGACCCUCCUACCUGGAAGGUGUGAAUUCAGGACAAUCAUCUCAGCAGAAUCUGAAGUCAAAUGACUCCAAACAUUCAAAGAUUGAGGUCGGUCAGAUUUAACUCCUGCAGAGUGAAUCAUCUUCAGGAUCCUGUUCUGGUCCAUUCUGACACACUGUUGAUAUGUGAACCUGUUACGCUGUAAUAUGAGCAUUGAACCAAAUCGACACACCUGUGGGUGCAAAGUCCCCCUCUGCACUUUAUAUGUAUGAUGCGCACCCACACACUCUCCCUCUUUCUAUCCUCCUGGUCGGUAUGAGCUUAUACCAGCUUGUAUUGUCCUACCUUGUUAAUCCUCACGAUCUUGACUGCUGAUUACCGGGCUGCCGGCAAGACGUUUUACAUUUCUAUUGGCAUCUGUAAAUCUAAAGAAACCAAAAUGAUCUCUGGGGUCCCACAAGGGUCAGCCGUUCUAAUCUGGCCAUUACUUUUUAAUCUAUACAUGCUUCCACUUGGUACAAUCAUCCAGAAACACAACAUAUCUCGCUGACGACACACAGCUGUACAUCUCUCUCUCAUCUGAAGAUCUCAGUCCUAUAAACAAACUAACAGACUGCAGAAAAUAUAUCAAACUCAACGCAGACAGGACAGAAAUAUCAGCACAUCCAUCUUCACCUCAAAUCCAUGACCAUGAAAUACAACGAGCAGGCCAGAAAUCUUUGCAUCAUUUUGGAUUCUGACCUUAGCUUUGACAGUCAUAUCUCCAACAUUACCAGAACAGCAUUUUAACAUUUGAAGAACAUAUCAAAACUCUGAUCCUUCAUAUCCCAAACUGACGCUGAGAAAUGAGUCAUCUCAACCAGGUGAGGUGACUGUAACGCUCUAUAUGCAUCAAAACAAUCUGUAGGAAGACUACAACUUAUUCAACAUUCAGCAGCCAGAGUCCUGACCCCGUAUGACAAAAUGUGAUCACAUCACUCCGGUCCGUGCGUGCGUGCAACCAACAUGUGGAUUUAAAACCAUAAAACUUCAGUUUAUGCUGUAAAUAAAUGAGUGAAUAUUUUGCAGCUGAAGUCAAAUACAAUGUGAUGAACGUUUUAUUUGUGUGUUACUGAUAUUAUGCUUGCGUGUGUGUGAUGUGUGUUCCCUUUUUAAAAAU